ACUAUGAAUUAAAAAUUCUAUACAUCCAAGAAAGAACGAUCACUUCUUUCACACUUUCUAAAGUAUUAAAAAUUCCAGUGUGGAAGCCCCCUUAGAUUUAGAUUUCUUUCAGAAAAUUUAGGCCUCUUUAACCUGUAGCCUUGUGGCCCAAAAAUGUUGAAAUUUGAAAUAUAGGACUUCACUCUCUGUGUUUUCAUUGGAGUGAUCCUUCUAUUUUUAUCAUCAUUUCAUUCAAUUAUUUUUUAUGAGAUGUGAACCUUUGAUCUCUAAAAUUAAGAUUUGAUUAGGUAUAUGAUUAUAGUUGACAGAUUCAAGACUGAUAUCUAAGUAGCCCUAUUCGGCCUAUUCCUGUUUCAUUUCAUUAAAAUGAAUAUAGAUGAUAUUGUCUACGUGUCCUUAUUGAUAAUUUCAAUAGGAUUUGGAAGAUUUUAUAGGAAAAUAGAGGAUCCUAAUUCUAGGAAAAAUGUUGGUACUCUCGUCGGGCUACUCAUUGUAUUGGUGGUUUCAGGAGUACAUAUCGUUCAUCCUUUAGUAGCCUUUUUUGUAAAUGCUCUUAUAAUUACAAAUCUAAGUCCAAAAAUAUGCCAUCUUGUCAGUUUUGUAGUUUCAUUUCUCUACUUGUUCUUCUUCCGAACAACCAUAUAUUUUGGAUUGCCAUAUCCUCCAGCUCAUACGAACCUUGUGCAGAUGAUACUAACUUUGAAGAUAGUGGGUCUGGCUUUUGAACUAAACAGAUCUUUCAUAAGAAAUCAAAAUCAUAAUGUAAAAAAAUCAGAUUUGGAAGAACAAGAGAACAUUAAAGAUACACCAAGUAUUAUUGAAAUGUUUCAUUAUUGUUUCAAUUAUGUAGGAGUUUUAACAGGUCCUUACUACAGAUACACAACUUUCCGGGACUCUUUUGAGUUACCAUUUUCUACUUAUGCAGACAAUUGGAAGUUUACAUUAAACAAACUUAAAUUUGUGCCUAUGUUUAUAGUUCUUUUUCUGGCCAGCUCUUUUACAUGGCCUUUAAGUUAUGCUUUGACUGAUGAAUUUUAUCAAGAAAGGUCGUGGCUAUACAGAUAUUGGUAUAUCUGGCCAAACUUUUUCACUUUCCGUAUGAGAAUAUACACUGGUUUGGUGUUAUCAGAGUGUGCAUGCACGAUGGCAGGAUUGGGAAUAUAUCCAGAGAAGUGCAAACCUAAAUCAGGUGAAGGACCAACUGAGAAUAUUGCACAUAUCAAAGAAAUAUCUAAGAACAAGGAACUGCUUUCUAAGGAAGAAUACAACUACGAUUGCAUCAAGAAUAUCAAUCCUUAUGAGACGGACUUCUGUGUAACUUACAGAGAAGGGAUGAAGCACUGGAACAUUUGUAUUCAAUAUUGGUUGGCUGUGAAUGUAUACAAACGAUUUCCUUCAAAAGCCUUCCGUACAUAUGCCACUCUAAUGGUAUCCGCUGUGUGGCAUGGAGUGUACACAGGAUACUAUGCCUGUAUUGGUACUGUUCCUUUUGUACUAGCCAUUGAAGACAUUUGGGUCAAACUACUCCUUAAAAAUGAAUCUCGCCAGCUAUCGCCAAUGCAAAUAAGAAUUCACAAGUUUGUUAUAUGGUUCUUCAAAAUGCAUUUCUUCUCUUACCAAGCUAUUGCUAUGCAUCUAUUGGAACUGAACAAAAUAUUCUAUUAUUACAAUUCCAUAUACCAUGUGGGACUUAUUCUUGGUAUAAUUCUUUACAUAAUUGGUUUAUAUCUCUACAAAUUAGAAAAAAAGGGAAUGAAGUCAGUGAAUAAAAAGAGCAUAGCUGGAGAAAAUGUUGAUGGAACUGCAAAAAUCCAUUCCAGCUGAAAAAAACAUUCUGGGACAAACGUAGCUAUGAAAACUGAACUGAUCUUUGGACAUACAUGAGGAACUUAAAAGCAAACAACAGUUCAAAUACUCUUCUCAAAAGUAAUAACAAAGUCUUCAUGAAGUGCCAAAAACUAAAUAAUGUUUUAUAUCUCUUUAUUUUUACAGAGGUAUUGAUAUAAUGAAUAUAUGAAUUUUCAAGUCAAA